AGUUUAAAAGUUGUCCACUAAUUAAGCGCUUGACUUCGCUCGAAUUAGCCAAGUUGUCCUGUAUUUGGUUUAAACUGGAAAUAGGUGGCUGGUUGAGUGGGUGGCUUGGGUGGCAAUUUCCCUUAGAAAAACUCACGCACAAAUGUAUUUCCCCCCGAGGAGCAUUUGUUGCUGCUACCUCAAUCUUUCGAAAUUGACAACGGCAUCAGUGGCAGCGGCAGACACAACAGCAAAUCAAAUAAAUUAAAUUUACACACAUAGUUAAAUUAGUAAAAAUUGAAUAAAACAGAAGAAAGAAUAGACGACACACGUAAAUAAAAGAAGGAGAGGUGAUGCAGAAGUGAGGAGAGUGGCUGACAGAGCGGGAGAGCAACGUGUCGAGCAACAAAUUAAUAAUACAACAAAAAAUCAGAUAAAUAAAAAAAGCAACACAAAUUGAAAACAACAACAAAAGCAUCAGCGGCAGCAGAAGCAGCGAUUCUGGAUUUCUAGAGGCAGCGGCACAUUCAAAAGAUGGGCUGUGGACAGAGCAAGAUACAUUUGUAUCCCAGGAAAUCGAAGAGUAAAGCGAACGGCAAGAAAGGAGGACAUGCCGACUCAGAUGCCGAAACGGACGAGGACGAAGGCCACAUCGAGGAUGCCGAGAAGGCACAGCAGCGCGACCGCGAGAAGCACGACGAGAGCGAGGAGCUAAGCAAUAAGGACAUCCAGGAAAGCGACGAGGACGUGGCCGUCUCCCUGCUGCGCGCCAAGAACCUGUCGCUGCUGCAAAGCCACCAACAGAACUUCUUCCGCAUGCUGGACAAGAAGAUCGAUGAGGGUCCGGACUACGACUCGGCCAGCGAGACGGAGAUCGCAUUGGAGGAGGCCCGACUAAACGCACUGCGUCAACAUUGGGAGUCCGCCAGCAUCACGGCCUCCAUUUGCUCCUCGGCCAGCCGCUCGCUGCAGACGACGCCCAUUCGCCAGGUGCAGGUGCCAUUGAAGCAGCCACCACGUGGCGCCGGUCUGCUGCUCCAGCCUUCCAGCGCGUCGGCGGUCACCGCCUCCUCCUCCUCCUCCUCGACGAUAGUCGCGCUGCCCACGACGGAGUAUCUACCUCAGCAUGUGUUGACGGGACGGCAAGUGGUGCAGCAGCAACAGCAACAGGCGGCAGUUCUCUACCAGCAGCAGCAGCAGCAACAACUAAUCCUGCUGCCCCAGUUGGAUCCUAAUGUUGUCAACACGUCCACGGCAGCAGCAGCGGCACAGCUCGUCCAGUUGCAGCAGCAGCAUCAACAGCAGCAGCAGCUGCAGCAACAGCAACUGCAGCUGCAACAGCAACAGCAGCUGCAACUCAAUCAGCAGCAGCAGCAACUCUACCAGCAGCAACAGCAAUACCUGCUGACCCUUCCCGCCGGAUCAAAGCCACAGAGCGUGAGUCCAAAGCGCCUCAUCUAUGGUGGCCCCGCUGCCACCACUCUCCUCUGUGCAACUGGCAUCAAAUGCAACGCCCCCGAAACUUACGAACCGCCAACCGCUCCACACAGCCAAAUCCAGCAGCAACAGCCGCCGCCUCCUCCGCCGGGCGCCUACUACGGCGAGAUGAUGCACGGCGUACAGGCCGCUCCAGCGGCGGAAUACAAGUUCCCGCCAGCCAUCAGUGUGCAGCGACUGGCGCCGCAGGUGCAGCGGCAGCUGCGCGAGACGCAGGAACUCAUAAAAGACUCGUGCCCGCAGCUGUAUGCGGCGGGCUAUGGCAGCCCAGGACCACCGAUACGCAAUCCCAGCAGGAACCCCACUAGAACUAGACCCACCCUGGAGACGCAGUUCUCGCAGGAACUCUCGUGAUAUCUAUAUAUGUAAACAGCCAGCAGACGGAGGAUGCACCCACGUUCAGACACACACUCAAACACACACACAACCUAAGCCCACACAGUUGGAAAAACUGCAGCCAAAGAGGAAAGCUAAAAAAUUAACCAAAAUUAUCAAAAUACGAACCCCGUGACAAACACACAAACAAACAAAAAAAAAACGAAGAAAAAGCAAAAAAAAAAAAAACUAAAACAACUUCA